UAGAGGCUGACGCGGAAAACUAGAGAGGCAUCUCUUUUUUUUCCUACUCCCGGCAUGUAAAUACUACUUAGCUGCGCUUUGCAUAGAUGCCUCUACUUUUGAUUUGGUGAUAGGAUUAGCCAAUUUAAAUGUGUCCGACCGUUGCAGCUCUCCGUAGCGCGGCGUAAACCAGCUUCUGAAGAGGGGAAAAGCGUGCCCCGGUCAUGAAAGCGUGACAUAAAAGUGUGUGUUGUCUGGGUGAGAGAUGCUGUCCUCCUGCGGUCUCCAGCUGCAGCUCCUCGCCUGCUCCGUUCUCCUUCUGUUACUUUUCCAAGCCAGCGACGCCAAGAAGGAUUUGAAAAGCGCCUGCAGCACCUGCCAGCAAAUCACCGAGAACUUCAACAAGGGCUUUGACAGAACCGCAAAGCAGAACUUUGGAGGGGGCAACACAGCCUGGGAGGAGAGAAAACUGUCCAAGUAUGAGACCAGCGAGAUUCGUCUAGUGGAGAUCCUGGAGGAUGUGUGCGAGAGCAGCAGCUUCGAGUGCAACCGCAUGGUGGAGGAACACGAGGAGCACUUUGAGACCUGGUGGUUUAAAAAGAAAACCAAACAUCCCGAUCUCCACAAAUGGUUCUGCAUAGACACCAUCAAGGUUUGCUGUCCAAAGGGAACAUUUGGGCCCGACUGCAAUUCUUGUAUCGGGGGUUCGGAGAGGCCGUGUCACGGCAACGGAGCGUGUGACGGCGACGGGACCCGGGGAGGCAGCGGGAAGUGCAGUUGCGACCCCGCCUAUAAGGGGGAGUUCUGCUUAGACUGCGUCGACGGCUAUUUCAGCGAAGUCAGGAACGACACUUUCUCUUUGUGCACAGAGUGCCACGCGUCUUGUAAGACCUGCACCGGAGCGACCAAUGAGGACUGCGACGAGUGCAAGGAGGGCUGGGAGGACAACGAGGCCUGUGUCGAUGUGAACGAGUGUGCCAAAGAGCCUUCGCCGUGCAAAGAGGAUCAAUACUGCCUUAAUAGCGAAGGCUCCUACUCCUGCAUUGCUUGUGACGACGCCUGCAGCGGUUGCACCGGCGCUGGUUCUGAUCAGUGCCAGGCUUGUGCUGAAGGGUACCAGGAUGUAGAGGGAACCUGCACAGAUAUCAAUGAAUGUUCUCAGUCUGAGCCUGCGUGUCUGAAGGAGCACCAGGAGUGUAUCAACAAUAAAGGCAGCUUCAUCUGCAUCUGCUCCAGUGGGUUUGAGGAGAAAGACGGCGAGUGCGUCCAGCAGAACGAUGCAACAGAGGAGUCUGAAGCAUCGCAGACGAUUUCAGAUCCACACAGGGAGCUCUGAUGUCAAAACUGGGACCAGUAUGGUUGAACUGAACCUCUUCUUUUUUUUUUUUUCUUGUUCCGUUUUACUUUGACCACAUGCACUUAAGAUACCACCUGUUUUCAAAACCCAUCAUGAUGUUUUCUAGCAGUGGAUUAAGAAAGAACCAGGACAUUUUACGUUGUCUGUGUGGUGCCAUUUGUCUGUUUUAAUAAAGUUAUUUGAAUAAAAGUGAAUUAUGUUCAAUU